AUGGCUGAUCAUUCUAGGGAGCCAGAGGGGGUUCCUGUUUACCCUAACUAUGCUCUGCUCUUAAAGAGAGAAGCUACCUUUAAAGAUGGAUGGCCCGAGUCUUUAAAAGGAUUAUUACCCAACCUAGCCAAAGCCGGAUUUUAUUACAGGGGAGUGAGUGAUAAGACCAUCUGUUUUCAUUGUGGUAUGACUUUAAACUGCUGGAAACCUACAGACGACCCUUAUGUAGAACAUGCUUAUUGGAACCCUAAUUGUCCUUACAUCAAUACUUAUAAAGGACGUGAGUGGGUGAUGAUCGUAUUCAUUAACCAUUUACUCCGGGUGGGAUACAAAGUUUCACCUGAAAUUAAACCUCUACUAGAGCAAACCUCUACAGAGAUUCAGGCCACAGGAAAAUGUCACAUUUGUGGACACGUAUGUUGCUGUUCAUUAUGUGCUCCCACCUUCCGGUAUUGCCCCAUUUGUCGAUCCGAUGUGAAGAGAACUCAACGUAUAUUUCUGUGUUGA